AUGCAGACAGUUCCCAGUCUCGUUGGGACUGGCACUGCCAUUGCUGCUGCUGCCAGUGGUUUAGUGUUUGGCCAGCCCGCCGAUACCAACCUCUGCCGCGGGCUUUCGACAACCACUUGCUCAGUCGCAGGAGGCCAUAAGAGGACGACAUCAUCAUCAGCAGGCCGAGCGCAGUCUCCGCACUCGCCGUCCCCUUCGAGGGCCCAUACUCUCCCUCCUCGCCGACCCGCUUCCAGCUCUGCCGUGCCACCAUCAGUCUCCUCCGAGCUUCGUGGUACCGCCAUCUCUGUUCACCAAAAGACGAGACCGCCGCUUUCUCGCCGCCAACGUCCUCAAAACUCGCAACCCUCUGCCUCGAAUACUUCCCGCAGACGACUGUCGCUCCUGUCUGGACACGGAAAUUCCGCGCCCGCCGCUUCGAUCCUGGAAGACUCCGGCGAAUCCGUCACCUCCACAGGCUCUUGGUUGAGACGGCUGUCUAUUCGUCCAUUGUCCCAGCACGGCAGCUCUGGUUCCAGUGUAUUGGCCGGCGGCUCACCCUCCAUUGCCCUUUCGUAUGGAUCAACUGCCCCCAUCUUGUCACCAUCUGGAGCCGUUUCCAAGCCCUUGCCCCCCAACAAGCUGGUGAAACGGUCGCUGUCCAGACGCAAUAUCCCGGAGGAAUCCACGCGACGCAGAUCAAAGGGCCACCUGCCGAGUCUUCGGCGGCCUGCCACCAGUCACCAGAGAUCGGCGGAUUUGCAGCGGUUCCGGGCCGACAUUGAUGUUGCAGGUGCCAAUCCGUAUCCCAAGUACUCGUUUGACGAGCCAAUCCGCCCCGAAGAGUUGCUUGGUGCGUCGCCGAUAGAGGAACUGGACCGCCGUCCACCACGCGCCGAAGCUGCGGAACGGACCACCUGGACGUCCUUCUUCCACUCCAAAGCCGGCGACCUCGUCAGAAGUUGCAGCUACCACGGUCGACGGGUGGCCAAUGGGGAGCUGGCGUCGCCUGCAAAGAACUCGACCUGCAGACGGAUACAUCCAAGCAGAAACCCAUCUCCAAGCGUUGGCGCCCAUCUGAUCAAGCCUCGAAUGGUAUCUGACGGCUCCGCGGCCCCAUUCCGCCUGGAACAAGAGGAGCCUCGCAGGCCAGUCAAGGCUCACCGAGGUUGCAUGGAUGCAGCAGCAGCAGCACCAUCCCCGGACAUGGCUCCCGAAGGAGCCCCCGCGCACGCCCGCCCCAGAAGGUCAUUUUCUUCCACUUUUUCUCACUCGGCCGACUGGGCACCGAAAACGCCAGGAAGCCUGCGCCGAACCAAACGGGGCGGUGGUAGCCAAGGCGAGAGCGGCGAGUCCAAGCAGCGGCGGCACGUGUCAGCGCCAGCCAGAGCCCUGCCGCCACCAGCUGUGGGCCGCGCCGAUGAAACGACCAACCCACCACCACCACCACCGAUGGCCCCAGUCCGCCAGGGGUCGUCGUCGCUGGAUAUGACGGCGACUUUGCUUAUUCCGGCGCCCAAAAGAAGCGCGUCCUCCCCGCUGCCCCCGCCCUCCAAACCCGCGGGUGCUGCUGCUGCUGCUGCUGCUGCUGCUGCUGCUGCUGCUGCUGCUCGCGCCGAUUUGCCCAAACGAAGUCGUCCCCCCGCCGGCGGACGGGCAACCCACCCACCACGGCCUAACCAGCCGUCAGGAAGCUCGACAAGUUCUGCCAGCGUCGCCAUGUCACAGCGACGAGGCUCCCACUACGAAAGAAUCUCGGCCCUGGACAGCUCGGACGGGGAUGGACGCGAGCCCAUAUCCGGAGACGAGGAUGACACGGACUUUAAGAGUGACACGCUCUUUGAUUCCGUGCGAAGCAUAGGAGGCAGGGUAAGAGUUGUUGAGACGCCACUCGAGUCGGUGUGUGAUGAUUCGCCGCCAAGCCCCGGAUGCAACAAGAGAUCUAAACGUCCCUCCAUUCAAGAGAUGUUGGACCAUGCAUGGGACGAGGACGGCAAAAUCGUCGAGGAAGACGACAAGUCUUGGACACUGGCGGUUGGGGCGGCACAUCGGUCCGUCAUCAACCAUGGGGGGCGCAAUUCGCGAGAGGAUCCCGUGUUUAUGCUGGGGCCAUUGUUGCAUGAGCAUGCCGACAUGACUACACUUUGUUUGGACGGCGAGGGCUUUGAUGAAGAUUGGACCCGAAACGAAGAUGACGCACCCGUCAAUGCCUUGUCACCACCUUCAAAAGGCAAUUCCCUUGGCCUUGGCACCAUCAACAACAACGCCAACGCCAACGCCAACGCCAACACCAACAGCAAGCCAAAUGUUCGGCUUGCGCUGGCCACCCUCGGCAGCAAUCCGACGCCGUGCGCCAAGUCUGUCUCUCCGCAGGCUGAAAGGUCACUGGGCAGCCUUUUUGACUGGAGCGAGCAGCCUGCACAUGACAUGCAGGACUCGGCUGGCGGAUCGCUCCGGCCCAAAACGUCGUACGCCAAGCAACACACCUCGAGGGGAGGGCGUUCCGUCAGCCGAAAAGGUCCAAUGCCCACGCACGUUCGAAGCCAGAGCGUGCCUGUCGUGCAAGAAGACGCUCAGGACCCGAAGCCGACGGGUCCGAAAUACGGCACAUGGGGUCUCGGCACAAAGACUGUCAGCGAGGACUGGGACGAGGACUUUGAAUUUGGCGGCAGCGACAAGGGACUGGAUGGGAAGGCUGUCGGCGACUUGUUCGCCGUGCCCGAGUCCAUACAAGCGUCCCAGCCUAGCGUCAAGGCCCAUUCUGGCCAAAUACGGGAACUGUCGCUGCUCGUCAACGACCUCAAGCGACUGUGUCGCCAUGGUCGAGAGCUCAACAUCCUGAGCGGUGACCAGGGACCGUUUUGGAAAGAAGCCGAGGGCAUCAUCGCCUUGGCUUCGCCAGAUGAGGAAGCCACGAAUGAAGACGGUCAGUCUGGCUCAUCCGUGUACAUGGAUGCGUGCGAAGCCUCAAGCCCUCUGAUGAUGCAGGACGAGUGCGACAGCCCGCCAUAUGAAAUGCUGGACGCAGUUGCUGUUGUUGUUGGACGCAACGAGCCAGCAGUGUCGAGGACAGGUGUCGUUCGUGAGCGUCAGUCGCCUCGACGACGGUCCGUGUUUUGUCCAGACGACGACAUUUUUGGUGCCAACUGGCCCUUGACGGAUGAAGGUCCUCGUCCCACGAACCGAGCGAGCCGACCGCGAACACCAGCAUCGCAGCCGGACAAAGACCAAGACAUCAAUAUCGCGGUUCGGUCAGUGAUGGAGACGGUGCAAGGUCGGCCCGCGACCGUGGCGAGCGAAGCAGGCGGGCAGGAAUGUCGAAAGAACUACAAUGGCACGAGCAGGAUGCACUUUGACACCAAUAGCCUCCGAGACCUGGUCAAGAGAGCCGGAGAACUGCGCGACAUGCUGUCGGAUGUGGUAAGAAGGGCUGAGCAGCUGACGCAAAGCCCGGUUGCCAGCCCCCGCCAUGAAAAGCGCUUAGAUUCCAGCCCUGCCUUUACGCGAGUGUUUGACGACCCAGGAUCCAGCCCGCCUCGACGGCUGGGGAAGACCCGCGGCGGCGGUGCAGCUGAUCGUCCUUCACCCGACAACUCGCCUGCCUCGAGCAUAAGUCGCCGAGUUCACUUGAUGACAGUCAGCUAG